AUGGUGAUUCCCUCCAACGAUACCCGCCCACGCGAAGAAAGAGACUACAAAGAGGUGUAUCCCGAUUUGGACGAAACUGCUCAACUUGCAGUGUUCACUAUCCAUGAGGAAAACUCGCUGUCACUGCCAAAGUCGCAGUCUCCAACUGGUAGUUCCAAUCUGAACAAUUCACGUCCAAACACAUCCACUAACACCGCCAAUGGCGUAUCCAAGCCGCCUAAAUUCACUACCAGACGUCGGUCACUGGCUGCACUGCACCUCUCGAGGUUACCGCGUUUGGUAGCAGAGUAUGGCUUCAGACUCAGACCUCAUAAGCAGAAGAGUCCCUCCACUUAUAUUCGCGAGUAUUCCCAACCAAAACCUACAAGACAGGUUAUGUACGACAUGGACGAGCAGGACUCUGAGUACUUGGAGUGGCGUAAUACCAGGGAGGAGAACUUAGCCGUGAUUCUGCCCGAAGUCUUCGAGAUCGUGAUGAGCGUUUUGGAGGAGCAGUGGCAGAAGCUAGAAGUGCAAAUGGCUGCGGUGGGCAAUGGGCCUGGCAACACUAGUGACCAGCUUUUGACAUUGGAUGAAAACUUCGACAAAUACGGCUCGGAUGACGGAAUUGGUGGUGUGGGGUCCAUUUUCGAGCAGAGAUGCGCUGUGUGCAAUGAUCUGGAGUGUGACAAUACCAACGCCAUCGUGUUUUGCGACGGUUGCAACAUCGCCGUGCAUCAGGAGUGCUACGGCAUUGCGUUCAUUCCUGAGGGACAAUGGUUCUGUAGAAGAUGCAUGUUGAGUCGAGGGAGAAGCGUUGACUGUACAUUCUGCCCGAGCCAUACGGGAGCAUUUAAGCAGCUCGACAAUGGCCUCUGGAGCCAUGUUGUAUGUGCAUUGUGGAUCCACGAGGUGUAUUUUGCAAAUCCGAUUUAUUUGGAGCCCAUUGAAGGCAUAGACAUGAUCCCACGCAAUCGCUGGAAGCUCGUGUGCUACAUUUGCAAGCAGAAGACGGGGGCAUGUGUUCAAUGUACCAACAGAAAUUGUUUCCAGGCAUAUCAUGUCACCUGCGCUAAGCGUGCUGGCCUUUACAUGGUGAUGGAAAAGGGAAUGCAAGGAGCACUAGCGUCCAAGGCAACCUUAAAAUCGUUUUGUGACCGCCAUGGCCCAUUAACCUGGAGCAGAGAGGCGGUUCUCCAUGGAAUCACGAAAACAAGAAUGUUCUAUCGAGACAGCAGACUUCUACUGCAGCAGAACGACCGGUUGGUUCUGCAGCGUCGUCAACAGAAUAGAUUCAAUACCUUCAAGUGGCGCACAGAGAAUAAUACACCUAUUGCUCCACAGAAGUUCGUGGACGUUGUAUUUUCAACCAUGCUUCAAUUGAAAGUGGAGACUACUGCUGGUGAAUUUCAACCUGCGACUUCGAGUUCCAUCCUACGUGGAUUAGGGCAUAAGAUCCAAAUGACUAAAAAAGACAUCUAUGACGAUUUGCGCGCCGCCAGUGCUAGUUUGUGUCGGUACUGGUGUCUUAAGCGUGAGGCCAAAGGUGGUGCUCCACUUGUUCGCCCUUCGGCAUCCAAUCCUAUAUUAGUUCUGGCUGCAUCCAUGUACGAGGCUAGUGCCAGCGAGCUUGGUGUCGGUCCGGAGUUGGCACAUAGGCAACUCGAAGAGAAAAUCCAAUUUGGCCACACCCUUAUGAAUGACCUUCGCAAGGUGAUUGAAUUGGCGCAGACAACACGAUACAGACAAGUUGUUGCUCAUGAAUCUACAAAGUUGCAGUUGACAAUGGCGGAUACCGCCUACUUUCCAUUGAAAGCUGUGGCUGCACGGGUUUUGCGUCAUAUUUGCGACAAGAUAGACUCGUUACGAUUGAUAGCCAACGAGCGUCCAAAAGCAGAAACCCUUGCACUUCCAGACAUUAUGUCCAAAGUGGCCGCAUACAGAUACACAACGGUAGACGAACUAGACAAUGACAUCCAAGGGCUCCUUACGCAGAUUUUGCGCGAGCACAAGGGUUCCAGUGCAUUAGGUAAAACAGCCACUCGAGCGCUUAACUAUUGGCGGGAUGUUGGCCGAAACGAUGUCGUCGAGAUCGCAGCAUGUGCCAAAGCAGAUAUACCAUUUGUGCAGAUCGAAGGGUUUGAUUUUGCGUUAAAACCUUAUAAUCCCGCCGCAGUCCUUGCAGAGGAGCAACUUUCUGAGGUUGAAGAGGACGCUUUUACGACUAAUGAUAACCAAAUUUUAUGGCGUCGCUUCUUGUCGGAUAGCCAAUCCUCCAGUGCUCCAAAUCAAUAG